AAAGUGAGUGUCGACAAGAUGAAGAAGCUCUGAGAAAAAGUGGAUUUUCCAAAUAAUCGACGGUCUUCUUAUCAAAAUUGCGGUGAAGAGUGACUCAAGUGUGCUAGUUGGUGAGUGUGGUGCAUAAUCUAGCAGCUCGCACAAGGUCUGUUGGCGGAAAUCUGAGGUGCGAAAGUGCUCAAUGGUGGCUGGGGUGUUUCUGAUGAGGGAAUCCGUGCACGAAGGGAUAAAUUGACGCCCUCCCGUGAAUGCUCAGUGAAGUGCGCUCGCCAGAGGCUGCUGGUGAGAUUUGUGUACGUGUGUGGCGAGUGGUGUGAAAAGGGCCGCGCAGUGAGUGGGGCCCUUUGCGGAGAUAAAAACAGGAAGUUUCGAGUGGAGUUUCGGCCCGGAAGAGGCUGUAGGUGUCCAGUGAGGGCGCCACCUUGUCCAUGAGUUAUCAAUUAAGAGCCCGCCUCUUCGGAAUGGAGCCCCAUGCAAUGUUCGUGGAUCUGCUACACUCAGUGCCCCGCUUCAACAUCACUCUGCACCGAGUCAGCAAUACCUUCAAUCCCAACAGCGAUUCGUACAUUGAGAGUUUGGGCAUAUUAGCGUCAAUUCCGGCUGCAGUAUUGAUUGUCUCACUGAUUGGACUCCUGCUGUAUUUGCUGACGAGGUGUUGUGAUAGAAAACCACGACGAGGCAAAUCUAAUACAUGUCAGAAGUGUACAUUGCUCAUCGUAACGAUACUUUGUGGUUGUGCCAUUGGAGUAGGUUUAUAUGGAAAUGACGAUCUGCACAAUGGUGUCCUGCAGGUGUUCGGAUCGGGACGGCAGGUUGAGGCAUUGGUGAAAAGUGUACGAAAUCAAACGGACACAUUGAAACACAACUUAAAGUCAAGAGUGGUUAUGUCGGAGCUGGAGGAUAUAUUUGAUAAACCAACAUCAAAUCAAACUGCACUCACUAUUGUUCUCUAUACUGUGAGACAAGUGAAAGAUAAUACAACAUUGGCUAUCAAUGCGCUCGAGGCGGUCUCUUACUUCAUUCGAUCAUCCCAUUCUGAAGUGACUAUAAAGAAUUUCUUAGAUACUGCAGAGUUUUACGAGUCCAUCCGAUGGCCAGUGACUCUGGGAUUUCUGGCAGUCCUUCUGCUGCUAUGCACAAUUUUAAUAAUUGGCGUAGCGCGGUCAUCGAGAUGUGCAUUAAUAUUCUUCAGUGUGUUUGGCCUCCUGGGCGUAACUCUAUGCUGGCUGCUGUCCAGCAUUUACUUGGCCGGUGCCAUUGCACUGGGUGAUUUUUGCGUGAAGCCCAAUGAGUAUAUAUGCAGUCAGCAGAAAGUGCCGGAUAUUCAUUAUACGAACUGUGGGACCGUUGGAACAAAUCCAUUUAUACUGCGACUCAACGAAUCACGAGACAAUGUGGAUCGUGCUAAAGAUGCUCUCCAGAUUGUAUCCAGGAUUUCUAUGGAUAUGUAUCCACGUGUCGAUGUGGGUUCAAAAAUCUCCCACAUUCAGACGGAAUUGGACAACAGCAAGCGACAAUUGAUGGUGUUGUCGACAAUGCUUGAUCCACGAACUGUACAGCAACACUACAAUACAGCCACAAAGGGAUUAUGUGAAACUAGUCUCUAUGGUCUAGUAUUCAUGCUCGUGGCGAGUCUCUUGACUGCAUUCUUCCUUACUAUUCUUGUCUGUGUGGACUCUCAUGCUUGGAUAUACUUGGCAAAGAAACGACCAUAUGGUGAUAAAUCCGAGACUACUCCCCUCUUUCCAUCUGGCUCAUCUAUGUCGCCCACAGCUCCAAUCCUCAGCGGCACCUCCACUAUCAAUCGCACUCUUCUGCACCACCAGCAGCAGAAUCAAUUGAGUGGGAUCAAUUCGGCAUCCGGAACAAUGAGUCGCAACGGAACGGCGGGAUUGCGAGGGUUGGAAUAUAGUGGCGAUUCACCGCCACCAGAUUAUAAUGUUGUGGUGCAUGGCAACAGGACCUCCAGUGGCCAUCACACUCUUGGUCGCUUGCCAUCGCAGCAAUCGUCGUACUUAUCUGGGCCCAACAAUGGCAAAUAUGCCACCCUGAGCAAACAGUGCAAAACACUGGAGUCAAACGACUUUUACUGAGAAUCGCCUGCCUGCACAUUAAAUGCAGGCAGUGACACUCUAAGCA